AUGUUAGUACUAAACUCAAGUGAUCCAACAAGGACCGGAAACUCAGCAGGAGUAGCCUUCGUGCUAAACAAAGAAAAGAUAAACACAUCGGACGCAAAAAUGACCACCCUCAUACCUGGAAGAGCGAUAGCGCUAACAAUCAAAUGGCAUGGCCAAAAAAACUAUAAAAAUAUUGAAUCUGCCGAAGCACUAAGGGACUUUAGACUAGAACUAAGCAUACAAGAUACGUGGCAACACACCUUCCCAACAACCAGAAUGUUCACAUUCAAUAGUAAUACCAACACUAUGUCGCGCCUGGACAGAAUAUAUACAUCAACAACGCAUCACGAAAGCACGUCAGAAUGGAGAUUGCACCGUUGUUCCAUCCCAACGGAUCAUAACAUUGUGCUCGUAAGAUUCGCCCCACCGGGAGUCCCACAUAUAGGUAAAGGUAGAAGGUCCUGGCCCCUCGGAAUCCUAUCCGACAAAUCACUAAUAGACAAAAUCAUAAAACUAGGAAUAAAAACACAAGAAAAAAUAGAAAGACUCACCAGCCAGAACAGAACAGAGACUGAGAACCCACAAACGUUAUGGGAAUCCCUAAAAACACAAAUGAACUCAGAAGCAAAAGAAACGGCAAAGACCCACCUCGCUAAGAUAAAUCAUUGA